AAAAAGCGAAUCAGUUAACACUUAACAGUGUUGUCUUUCACUUGCCCAAUCUUCUUCGAAGACGAUUUUUCUAAUCUGAGACUGAGAUGAGUAGCAGCGGCACCAUGGCUAUGUCACCGGCGAUCGCUGCCGCCGUUCGUCCUCCGUCUUCUCACGACUGUCUCUCCUCUUCCGCCACUUUAGCUACUACCACAACCACCCCCAUGUCUCUCAAAUCUUGCAUCGUCGCACCUCUCUCGCUCUUCACUCCCCAGUCUCGAAUCACACGCUCAACCUCAAGAACAACUCCUCGAUGCGGUGUCGCAACAAAAUCCGCUGAUUCGAUGAACGUAGACGCGAAUCCGUCGUCAUCAUCGGAGGAAGCGAAGGCGAAGAUAGGAUCUAGGGUUAGAGUAACGGCUCCGUUGAAGGUUUAUCAUGUGAAUCGAGUACCAGAGGUUGAUUUGGAAGGUAUGGAAGGCAAACUCAAAGAUUACGUCUCUGUUUGGAAAGGGAAACGAGUCUCAGCUAAUCUUCCCUAUAAGGUUGAGUUCUUUAUAGAGGUUGAAGGUCGUAGUCCUGUCAAAUUUGUCUCACAUCUUAAAGAUGACGAGUUCGAGUUCAUCGAUCAGUGAUUGAAACGAUCAGCCAGAUAUAUAUAUAUAUAUAUAUAUAUAUUUUUUUUCUCCUUUCUCAGUGUUUGUUUUUUGUUGUGUUUACUGGAAAUCUGGGAAACGGAGAAUGAUUUGUUAGUGAUGUGUAUACCCUUUAGCUAAUCAUAUACAUAAGGUUUCUUCACUCUA